AUGAAGCGCGGCAGCUGGUCACACUCACACACGAGCAACACCGUCACACCGAGCCAGAGCAACCCAUCCGCAACUCUUUCCCUCCACCCGCUCGCGCUCACGGCCGCCGCGAUGCCGCCACCGCCGCCGCAGCCGGCCCACCUCCGCCUCCGGGUCUCCAUCACCCCGCCCCACCCGCUCCCUCUCCCCUACUCCCGCCGCUUCUCCUACGCCACGUCUGGCCUAGCCACCGCUCGCCACCUCUCCCUCCGCCGCGGCAGCCGGCGCCGCGCCCCCGUGUGCGCCGCGCGGAGCGAGGCCGCGGGGGCCGAGGGGUUCGACGAGGAGCUCGGAAGGCUCCUGGAGCUGCUCCCUGGGGAGCUGCGGCAGCGGGUGGAGGACCACCCGGAGCUCCCCGCUCUGGUGGAGGUGGUCAUGGACCUCGGCCGCCCCCCGCUCGCGCGCUUCCCCUCCGGCGACUUCCUCCUCUCCCACCGCCCCAUCUCCUUCGACGACCUCCGCCAGGCCACUGCGAAGGUUGGGGACUUUGGAGGGGACAAUCGCGCCGGGAUUAGCCGCACGCUGCACCGGAUCAGCGCGAUCAGGAACAGGCAGGGAGACAUUGUAGGACUGACCUGCCGCGUCGGGAGGGCUGUGCCCGGAAGUGCUAAUUUGCUUCAGGAUUUGGUGAAGGAUGGUGGGUCGUUGCUGCUCAUCGGCCCACCAGGGGUGGGGAAGACAACUGUCAUAAGAGAAAUUGCACGAAUGCUAGCAGAUGACUAUGAGAAGCGGGUGAUGAUUGUUGAUACAUCCAAUGAGAUAGGUGGAGAUGGUGAUAUUCCUCACCCAGGAAUAGGCAAUGCUCGUAGGUUGCAAGUGCCCAACCAAGAAAUGCAGCAUAAGGUGUUGAUAGAAGCUGUGGAGAAUCACAUGCCUCAGGCAAUCGUCAUCGAUGAAAUUGGAACUAAGCUAGAGGCUAUGGCUGCUAGCACCAUUGCACAGCGGGGGAUACAACUUGUUGCUUCCGCUCAUGGUGUAACAAUAGAGAACCUGACCAUGAAUCCUUCACUAGAUAUGCUUGUAGGAGGAAUACAGAGCGUCACCCUUGGUGAUGAAGAAGCAAGCAGGAGAAGGGUCCAAAAAACGGUCCUAGAGCGUAAGGGCCCAUCAACAUUCGCAUAUGCUGUAGAGAUCGUGUCGAAAACUGAGUUGCGUGUCCAUCGUAGUCUGGAAGCUACAGUAGAUGCUCUGCUUGCAGGUAGAAUGCCUAAUGUUGAAAUUCGUAAGUUGGGUUCAACCGGCUCGGUGCAGCAGGAAGUUUCUGUCCAGAAGGAUCAAUUUCGUCGUGGUCCUUACGAAAUUGCAUCUCAAUUUGAAGUUGCUUCCAUAAGUAAUGCAAGAACAAGCUUGGACUCUACAUUUAAUCUUGAUUCUGCCAACGGACAUAUAGAGAACUCUAAUGUGUCUGAGGCAGGCUUCAAUCUCUAUGCUUAUGGGAUAUCCGAGGAAAUUGCCUUGCAAGCAAUUAAACAACUGGAGCUGGAGGACAUGAUUACUUUGACUUAUAACAUCAGUGAAGCUGAUGCAGUGAUUGCUUUGCAAUCGAAGCUCAAGAAGAAUUCUCAGAUUCAGGCUGUGUUGAAAUCUGAAGAUAUACCGGUUUUCUUCGCUAAGACAAACUCCCUGGUGCAAAUUACCCGGGCACUUCGUGUCCUUGUCGACGAUCACGUGGAUGGAUUGAUCGAUGUUGAAGAUAAGGAGGAAGUAAGAUCAUCAGAGGAAACCGAUGCUUUGGAGGAAGCAAGAUUGGCAGUCGAGCAGGUAGUGAUCCCGAAGGGGGAGAGCGUGCAGCUCCUGCCCAGACCAUCGACCAUCAUCUCUUCCCAAGUGAACCUCGUCGAAAGUUUCAACCUGAAGUGGGAAGUCACAGGCAAGGAGCCGAACGCUUGCCUGAGAAUCCUUCCUCAGUUCGCUGACAGGGAAGAGGGUACCACCUCGGAGCAAGAGACCUCCGAGACCGCACCCGGGCUCACAGAUGCAGAUGGCAGCUUCGAUGGCAUGGACUAUACGCAGACUGGUGUCACCAGGCUACCUUUCCUCCCAGAGUAG